AUGUAUCUUGCACUAUACAGAUUAUUAGAGACUAUAAUGACAAAGCUAUAUCUUCUGCUGGGCUUCCCUGGUAGCUCAGAUGUUAAAGAAUCUGCCUGCAAUGUGGGAGACCUGGGUUCAGUCCCUGGGUUGGGAAGAUCCCCUGGAGGAGGGCAUGGCAACCCACUCCAGUAUUCUUGCCUGGAGAAUCCCCACAGACAGAGGAGCCUGGUGGACUACAGUCCAUGGGGUAGCAAAGAGUUGGACACUGCUAAGCAACUAAGAUAUUUAAAAUAUCUUCUGCUAGAUUUUGAGCUCCUUGAGUGCAAAAUCAACAUCUGGCCAUCUUUAUAUUCCUUCUACUUAACUUACUGCUCGAGCUGCCUGUCGCCUAGAUUGGUUUAUGACAUAAGUUACUAUUUCUUGUAUUAA